CAAAAUUUGGUUCAUUUAAGUCUCGAUCGAUGAUAAUUAAUCUCAUCUCACCUGAAAUUUGUUCAUCUCAUGAUUUACUAAUUAAAACUGAGAAGGAAAAAAAUCUCUACCAAGAGAUUAGUGAUUACCGUAAUUCAGUUGAGAUUAACAUCAACGCUGUUCACCAAUUGUACGAUAAUUUAAAUCUUCAAUAUUAAUCCAAAUCAAUGAUAUCGGACAAUCGGAUCGGUUAAUCAUUUCCCUCAAUUGUUCACAAUCAAAAUUACUUAAAGUCUACUAUUGGUGUAGAUUAAUUUUCAUUCAUCAAACAUUGUAAACAAUUUGCCUUUAAUCUUAAUUGUUGUUUUAAUUUUAAUUGUCAAUCGAAUUUUUUGUUUUUCUAAUUGAUUCAUAAUUAAGUUCGAUUUUUGUUUGUUAAUCGAAUCGAAAGUUUCCUUUAUAAAAAGAAUUGAAUAAAUAUCAAUUAUUGGAAUUAGAAGAUCGAAAACUGGCCAACAAGUGACCAGAGAAAAUUUUUCUUCCCGAUGACCAGAAAAAGAGAGUAAAAAAGAAAGAGGAAGAUAAAAGAAGAAACCAGAAGAAGAGAAGAGAUGAUUUUCUUCUUACCGAAUUAGAGAAAGAGGAUAAUUUAACCUUCUCUCAUCUUUUUGUCUUCUUCUUCUUCUUCUUUGAUGUUACGAUCAAAAUUAAAAGAAAAUCAACUAAUUAAUCUAAACCAAAUUUCUAUUUAAACGGUGAAAACAAUAAUUACCACAAAAUUAAUUAGAUCUUUAAAUUGACCAGAACUAGCAACUUGUUAUUAUUUUGACGAUGGGCCUUGAAUUUUGGCCUCUGUUUGAGUUCCUGUUGUCGCCUCAAUCAAAUCGAGAUCUUUUAACAAUUAUUUGGUGUUUAUCUUUGUUUUCUAUGGAUUCUUACUGAUUUAAAGUCAACUAUUAAACAAAAUGGGCCGUAAAUUGAGAGCACGAGAGAGAAGACGUUAUACUGAAGAGUUUGAUGAAGAAAUUGAAGGAACUCGGAUGUUCGAUGUUGAAGAGAAACUGGUCUCUGAAAGGUUCGAUGAUUUAUUUGUCAAAGAAAUGAAAGGCGAAGAACUUAAUUUAAAAUAUAUCCAAGAAAAUGGAUUCGAUUCACCGAUUGUUGUCAAAGACUCGAAAGGUUUGGGUCUCAAGAUGCCUGAUGUAAAUUUCUCCGUUUCUGAUGUUAAACAAUGUGUUGGAAGUCGUCGGAUACUCGAUGUCAUGGAUGUUACCACACAGAAAGACAUUGAAAUGACAAUGAAAGAGUGGACUCAUUAUUAUGAGAAUCCAGUUCGAGAUCGACUUCUCAAUGUGAUCAGUUUAGAAUUUAGUCAUACUAAACUUGAUUCUAUGGUCGAAUCUCCAACAAUCGUCCGUCAAGUCGAUUGGGUGGACUGGGUUUGGCCUAAACACUUAAAAGCUCAACAAACGGAAUCAACCAAUUCAAUUGGAGACAUGAAAUAUCCUAAAGUCCAAAAAUAUUGUCUCAUGAGUGUCAAAGGUUGUUAUACUGAUUUCCAUAUAGAUUUUGGUGGAACUUCAGUUUGGUAUCACAUCUUAAAAGGACAAAAGGUUUUCUGGCUCAUUCCGCCGAGUGAACGAAAUAUUCAGCUGUUUGAACAAUGGGUUCUUUCUGGUAAACAGAGUGACAUCUUUUUCGGAGACACUGUUGAACAGUGUGCUCGUGUCCGUCUCUACGACGGUUAUACCUUUUUCAUACCCACCGGAUGGAUUCACGCGGUUUACACUUCAGAAGAUUCAAUUGUAUUUGGAGGAAAUUUUCUUCACUCUUUUGCCAUUGAAAAACAAUUGAGAAUCGCUCAAGUUGAAGAUAUAACCAAAGUUCCGGUUAAGUUUCGUUACCCUUUCUACCAUGAAAUGCUUUGGUAUGUUAUUCAACGGUACGUUUACUGUUUAACUGGUAAAUCACAUUUAACUGUUGGCGAUGAUGGAAACACAAUUACCAGUACCAACACCAACAGUAACAAUGUGAACGACAAUAACGUUAAUGAUAAUGGUUCAUCCAACAAUCAACUUUCAUUGUAUAGUAACAAUUUAUCUCAUAAAUCUAAUGGUCAAAACGCUCAUUUAACAUCAUUUGAACUGAAUGGACUAAAAGCCAUCAUCAUGUGGCUUAGCCGUUUAACUGGCAAUAAACGAUCUGUGCCCGAUCUCAUUGAUAAUCCAGAGGCUCUUCUUAACGAUGUCAAAUUGUUGGUCGAUGAACAUGGAAAUGAUAAUCAUAAGUUAGCUGUUACUGGACAACCAUUAUUAUUUUGGAAAUCAGCCAAAACUAAAUCUAAUAUAAAUUCAGUUCAAAAUCUAAGUAAUCAUUUGAAUUCAAGUUUAUCUUUUCCGCCAACAUCAUUGUCAACUAAUCCAACCUCCUCAUCUCUAUUGUCAUCGCCUAUGACUACAACCACAGCCACGACAUCAUCGUCAUUACUUUCAUCGACCAACUCAUCUUCCAAUGCAACAUCAACACCCUCGUCUACUUCAUCGUCGUCAUCAUCAUCAGGCCUCUCCAUCACAGCUCAACUGCGACAGAUUAAAAACACAUCUUUUACAUCGGCAUUCCACUUAUCUAAAACACCGUCAUCUUCAUCCACCUCCCUGAAUGCACAAUCCGACUCUUCGAAGAGACCUGAAUCUCCCCCGACUCGACCUCUAUCCUCAAACCAGUACUCAAUCAAUUUAACCUCACUUACUAAACCUCUUGACCAAAUCCCGCAAUCAUUUGCCCAGUUAAUUGCUGCCACUGGUGUUGGUAAUCAAAAUCGUCUUAAUUCACCAAUUUUGGGAUCAUCAAGUAAUAGUGGAUUUUACACCAACAGUUUAUUAAGCAAUUACAGUUACAAUAAUAAUACAAUUUUAACAAAAACCAACAGUACAAACACAUCGAUAAAUAUUGUCAACAAAAACAGUCUCGAGACAAUUGUAACCAAACCCAACACCGAUACAUAUGUUGUCGCAGUUGAUUCAUCAGAUUUCUCGAAAAGUGAUCCAUUGAAAAAUCCAAAUAGUUUCAACAAUCUAAGUAAUCUUGCCAGUCAAGCCAUGAGUGAUUCUGCUCGACGUCGACGAACCCGUUGUAAAAAAUGCGAAGCAUGUUUAAGAGCCGAUUGCGGGGAAUGUCACUUUUGUCGCGACAUGAAAAAGUUUGGUGGCCCUGGAAGGAUGAAACAAUCUUGUAUUGCCCGCCAGUGUUUAGCACCAGUUUUACCCCACACCGCUUGUUGUAUUAUUUGUGGACGAGAUGGUUGGGAGAAAAUGAUUCCAGCAACAGCUGAUUGUGAGGCACAAUCAAGUCUUCUUGAGUGCUCUAAGUGUUGGGAGAUUGUUCAUCCCGCUUGUUUAAAGGAGAAAAAUGUCUCCCUCAGUACAGAGGGUGUCAUGAGUGAUGAAUUACCAAACAGUUGGGAAUGUCCAAAAUGUAUCACAUCCAUUAAAUUCAUGUCAAAUGCAAUGAAGUUCAAUGCUUCAAAAAUGUCUAAUUCAACAUUAAUAUCAUCAUCUUCAUCCUCCUCCUCUUCCUCUUGUUCAUCAUCAUUAUUAUCAAACUCAACAACAACAACAGCAACAUCAAAAUUAUCAUCAAUUUUUCCUGUUUCCAAUGCGAAACCGUUUAUUCAACAAAACUCAUCGACCUUGAAAACUCCACCAAAUCAAGAUGUUUAUGAUUUCCAUACUGGUGACGUUCUGCCUGAAGCUACAUGCAAAAGAGCUCGAUUUGAUGAAGUGAUGGAGAGAAGACACUUCUUCGAGGACAACAGUGCCAAAAACUCUGAGACAACGGACGAAGAAAGUGACAGCACAAUCACAAGUAACAGUAACAGUGCCUCUAAUAACGGAAGUUUAAGUGGUAAAGAUAAAUUGACUCUGUUGUCUUCAUCAAUAUCGACCAAUAACAACGGUACUCAAAAAGCUUCCAAUGAUUUGCAUGUACGAUCUUGUGCUCGUUUCCCACUUCUCCAGGAAGCGAUUAAAAAGCAAAAUCAAGAAAAAAAGAUUCCUGAUUCGAUGUUAAUUACAGAGAAAAAAUCAAUCACUUCGAAAACACCUAAUGAAUCAAUCAACUCAACGUCUUCCACUUCAACUACUUUGAAAGGCUCUAGAAGUGGUAAGAAAAAUCAUCAAAGUGCUCGAGAUCGGUUGUUUAAAAGUCUCAAAGGACUUAAGAAAAAUUCAGAAAUGGUUCGUUAUAAUGGACUGUCAUCAUUGAAUAAAAAGUUACCUUUUAAAUCUGCUUCUCCCGCUAACGGGAUUAGUACUUCGUCAAACACACCUAGUCCCAUCCUCUCCAGAUCUGCAAUCGACUCUCCUGGAUCAACACUGACUCCAUCACCUUCCGGAGUGAAAUCCUUCUCGUCUUUUUAUGAUGUAACUAUGAAGGAAGAUGAGGAUGAUGAAGAUGAUAAAAAAGGAAUCAAAGAUUCAGUGAAAACCCCAUCAUCAUCAUCUAGCACAACAAUUACCGACCAAUAUAUGUUUGAUGAUGACACUGAUCAAGAUGAUGUGAUUGAUGAGAAAGAAAAUGAUGAUGCAUCAACAACAAGUACUUUUAUUGACAAAGAUUCAGCAACUGUUGGUAUUGUCGAUGGUUCCAGUGGGAAUAAUGAUCCACCUAAAAUCCUCGGUAGCGGCGGAGGAAGUACCAAAAGUGACAAUGAUCAUCUAAUUAAACCCAAAUAUGUUGUUCGUCCUGCACCUUUACCUGAUGACUUUUCGGACGACGAUGAAACCGAAGAGGGAACCGAUGAUGAUGAAACAAGUGAAGAUGAAAGCGAACGAGCAAAGGCUAAAAAGAAGUACAUUAAAAAGUUGAAUCGAAAGGUUCAAGGUAACCUUAAUAUCGCUCGAGAGGUGAUCUUGCCUGUUUUCAGGUAUCUACCGCGUUCUGACCUCAUGAACUGUAUGUUAAUUUGUCGCAAAUGGAACACCUGGUCCAUGGAUCCUAUUCUUUGGAAAUACCUUGAUUGUACUCACAAAAAGAUCACCCACUUGACCCUUAUGGGAAUCGUUCGUCGUCAACCUCUGCACCUUAAUCUUUCUUGGACCAAUAUCUCCAAACGACAAUUAGCCUGGUUAAUUGCUCGAAUUCCCCAAUUACAAACACUUAACUUGACCGGUUCUUCGGCAGCAACCGUUUCCGCUCUAUGUUCGAGCUAUUGUCCUCUGCUUCGAAAACUUGACCUUUCAUGGGUCGAUUCACUUAACGACAAUCUAAUCAAAGAUCUCCUUUCAUCACCAAACGAUUCUCGACCUGGUUUACUUGAGACCAAAACUCGUCUUAGACUUUUAACCGAUAUUUCCGUUGCUGGUUCCGAUUUAUCUGAUGUAUCGAUUCGUCUUCUCUGUAAUCAUUUACCUCAACUUUCUCGAAUUGAUUUAUCGAAUUGUUCAAAAGUAACAGACAUGGGAAUCAGUUUCUUAGCUGCUUCUAAAACAACCAAAUUAACUGCUCUUAACCUUUCAUCUUGUUCAAAUAUAACGGACACAAGUUUGGAAGCACUUAAACGUUGUCCUAAUCUAGUUCAUCUCGAUGUUCGUGAUUGUAAUCAAGUAUCUACUUCAAUUUGUCAAAAUUUUAUCGCUUCAUCUGCUACUAAAACAAAGUUAAUGAUGAAACAAUUUAAGCUAAUUGUGGCUCGCAAUCAACGUAACAAUAAUUUCAACUGAACCAUAUUAACGAGAUUAAUUGGAAACAAGCAAACCGAUGGAAACAAUUAUUUAUUCACUAUUUAUUCUGUAACCUUUCAAAUCAAUUGCAAAUAUUGAAAACUAAUUUAAUUGUAACAAAAUCGAUUAACCUUAAUUCAUCAAUUUAAAUUAUUUACGGAUAAAAGGUGUCGUAAUAGUUGAAAUAGUAAAGUAAAUUUGUACAUCUUGUAUAAAAUCAACUGAUCAAUUAAUCCAAUAAACUAAUGAUUGAUAUAAAAUCAAAUGAUAGAUGAUAAAUCAGAUGAGAGUAGCAAUGAUGAAGAUGACGAAUUUACAAUCGGACCACUACCACCAAGUGGAAAUUUUAUCGAAGUUGAAGAAAGUCGUCAUUCUAAAUCUCAACAAGUUGCAUCAGGAUCGAAAGGCCCUCAAAGGGAAGAAUGGAUCGCACGUUUGCCCGAAAAUAGUUCAGUCGCUCAUAAAUUAGGCUUCGGCAAAUCCAUGACAAGUUUUUCUUCCAAACCAGUUUCCAUUAAAGAAAUCACUCCAGUCGAUCAUGAUAACGAAUUAGAUAAGGCAGUUGAUGAAUUCAAUAAAACAACCAGACCCGAAGCAUUGGUUGAUCUUCACAAGAAGAAAAUGAAACACAAG